UGUAACACCUCUCUUGCUGUAACCACUCAGUGUGUGCCCUAGUUUUUGCCAUUCCUGAGGUGGUUAUGCUUGGGGUUAGCCAGAAGCUUGAAAGCUGAGGUCACAGUAGAAAGCCUCAAAGGGGUAGAAAGGACUAAAGGUUUGCUACCUGGACCUGGCUUGUGCCAUUUUCUAGAGUUCAAGGGAAUUUGUGUCAAUGGCCUUUAAGGGAAUUUCAUGGCAGCAAGGUGGCCACAUCACUCCUGAUAUCACUUGUUAUUAAUUUCCAGUUCAUUAAAUAGGAAAAAAGUUUAUUCUCUCUUACCACCAUCUCCUCUCUUUCCCUCUCUGUCUCUCUCCCUCUUCCUUUGUCAGAGGGACCAGCUUCUAUGCAAACAGGAAGAGGCAAGAGCAGCCCCUGUGCAGUGUGAAUGAACUCCAGUAACCUCGUCUUCUUUCUCCUCCAUUUAGUUACAGGACCAAGGGCAUCUGGCAGUUGGGAAAGAAGGAGGGGGGAAACAGAAAGGCACAGCCCAUUUCAGGUUCUUACCUAUCCUAAAAGCAGUCACACAUACACUGUUUUCCUCUUGCUGCUUUUGUGGAUGUGGCAGUCUUUGAUGAGGCAGAAACCAAGAGGUGAAGACAAGGGCAAAACCAAAACCUCAGCCUUUGGCAGGCAAGGAAUAAUGGGAGGGAACAUCUGGAUGAGGCAUGUGAACAGGAGAGCAGAUGUCUUGCAAAACAGUUGCUGUUGGGGUGAGGAGAUUUUUUGCAGAGCUUGUAGGUUCCUGGGUGGGAGUGGACACAGUGCAUGCUCUCUUCAUCUGAUGUACAGUCUGGGGGGAAUCCACAGGCUAUGUAGGAAAGAAAGAAAUCCUGUUCUCUAAAGAUCAUAGACAAGGAGUGAGUUAUGGUUGUGUUUUGUGAGGUUUUUUUGUUGGUGGUGGUGGUUUUGGUUGUUGUUGUUUUUUUUUUUAAUGUGGAGCAAAGCAGAGUUACUUUGAGCUGAUUCUACCCUGAAUUAUUGCAUUCUGUGUAGUAGUACAAUUGUACCUUAUGAUCCUAAUACACUUUUCAAACCACUUUGUUCAAUGGAGAGGACUUCCGUUUUGUUUCAGUCCUUUAUUUCUUCUUACCUGAGGUGGGAAUUGGAAUUGGCUUGGAACUUCUGUUGCUGCCAGUGUUUGUUUAUAAUAGCAUAUUCUGUGGAUUGAGAGCAUCUAAGUUGUAUUAGGUUCAGAUGCAGAAAUGUCUGCAGACCUCUUUGCAUUUUGUUUGUAAUAUAAGGUCUAAUUUUGGAAGGAGAAUUGUAUCACUGCCAGUCUCCCAGAACUCACCUUUACGGUGUUUUCCUGUAAUAGCUUGACUUCCCUUUCUUGGUUUGCUUCUAUUCCUAUUAGGCUUGCUGUCUUUAAGAAUAACACCUUUUGUCCUGCUGUAAGUCAUUGUUAUACCUUCCUGGGUCUCCUCCCAGUACUCUUUCAACCAAGUGACACAUUUGUUUCUUUUAAUCUGUUCAGUUGUUUGUCACUUUUUCUGCUGUUCUCAGAACUUUCCCGUGGCAUCCAUACCUGACCUGAGUAGGAGACAGUAUGCUGUGUCUUGAGACCAAAGCUAAAGGAAGUCUUCACCUUGAGAGCUGGACCUACUAGCUGCUCCAGCAUUUAUUGAGAAAUGUGAUGAUGCAGAGGGAAGGAAGAGGAAUGAGCCAACGUGAACUGGAAAUAACCAUUGUUUCUCUGAUACAGCUACAAGUACCAAGUUCCUUGGGAAGGUACUUCCUUUCUGACUUUCAGUAGCAGAGAGAAACUGAAGAGCUAGAGACACCUGUGGCCCCUUGCUUGGCACUUACAAUGCUGCAGCGAUGAAAUUAUCGUGAGCCCUUCCUGUGUGGCCUCCAUGGGUCCCACUCAACUCAGCACACAAGAUCAUGGGAAGAGGGUGGCAAGCGUAUUUGAGAUGGAGGAGGAAGGGCUUUCGCUCUUCCCUGGCUCAGAGAAUCCCCCUGAGCAUGCAGAAAAUCCCCCCCUGAAGCGGAAGAAGGGCCCAGCCCCUAAGAUGCUGGGAAACGAAGUGUGCAGCGUGUGUGGGGACAAGGCCUCCGGCUUCCACUACAACGUGCUGAGCUGUGAAGGCUGCAAGGGCUUCUUCCGCCGCAGCGUCAUCAAGGGUGCGCAGUACGUCUGCAAGAACGGCGGCAAGUGCGAGAUGGACAUGUACAUGCGGCGCAAGUGCCAGGAGUGCCGGCUGCGCAAGUGCCAGGAGGCGGGCAUGCGGGAGCAGUAUGUUCUGUCUGAAGAACAGAUCCGACUGAAGAAAUUGAAGAAGCAGGAAGAUGAUCAGGCUCGGACAGUUGUGGUGCGUCCGAACCCUCCAAAUCCGCCAAGUCCCUCCCACAAACUGACACCUGAACAGUUGACCAUGAUAAAAAAGCUUGUGGCUGCUCAGCAGCAGUGCAACCAGCGCUCGUUCACAGACAGACUCAAAGUGACGCCGUGGCCCCAAGUUCCUGACCCUAAUAACCGUGAAGCAAGGCAGCAGCGUUUUGCUCACUUCACAGAACUUGCAAUUAUCUCUGUGCAAGAAAUUGUGGACUUUGCCAAGCAACUACCUGGCUUCCUGGAGCUGACCAGGGAAGAUCAGAUCGCUUUGUUGAAGACAUCUACCAUAGAGGUGAUGUUGUUGGAGACAUCUCGGCGCUACAAUCCAGAGAUUGAGAGCAUCACCUUUCUUAAGGACCUGAGCUAUAAUCGGGAUGAUUUCGCCAAAGCAGGUCUGCAGCUUGAGUUCAUUAACCCCAUCUUUGAGUUCUCAAAGGGAAUGAAUGAGCUACAGCUCAAUGAUGCUGAAUAUGCACUUUUAAUCGCCAUCAACAUUUUCUCUGCAGACCGACCAAAUGUACAGGACCAGUCCCUGGUGGAGAGACUGCAGCACACCUAUGUGGAAGCCCUUCAUUCUUAUAUUUGCAUCAACAGACCAAAUGACCGCCUGAUGUUUCCACGGAUGUUAAUGAAGCUGGUCAGUCUUCGGACGCUAAGUAGUGUCCACUCUGAACAGGUGUUUGCCCUUCGGCUGCAGGACAAGAAACUCCCUCCCCUGCUCUCAGAAAUCUGGGAUGUGCAUGAGUGACCACCUGCUCCCAGGGCACUGAUAUGCUGACUUAAUGCCAUCUCCCAGCCUUUGCUAACAAGAAGCCAGCCUCCCCUCUCUAGAGCACUGAACUCUAGGCUAGGCAGUGCAGGGAUUGAUGAGCCUGGGGUUUCAAUGUUGUCAUGAGACUGUGUAGGAGGCAGCUGGGGUAGAUCUGAUGGGGGGGGCUGGUUUCAAUGUAGUGCCCAUAUCCCAAAAGAAUAGCAUGAAACAUCUGAAAACGGUAGAAAUGAAGACCUUCCCCCCACACACAGACACCUCUUUCUUCAGAGUCUUUCCCUUCUCUAAGCAUGUCCUGAGGGCCUGCCCACUGAUCCUCUCCUCUCGUUGAUUAUGAAAAGGAAUUUGCAGGAACUUGCCAAACCCUCUCUAUAGAGAGUAACCCAGCUCAAAAGGCUUCUGCAGGGUCACCAGUGUACCUGGAUCUGAGGAGCUCAGGGAAGUCAAUGUGGAUGUUCUAGGGGUUUCACUGGGUUUCCUAUAAAUAAAAUCUAUUGUAUGUGCUGCCCUUUACAGCAAUUCCAAGAGAAGUAGCUGUUAUUUCUUUGAGACUUCAUCUCUAGAGGUGCCCUUUCAUUCUGGCCCUCCUUUGGAAAAAGGAUUCUUCUAAUUUUGUAGUGCCCUUUGUCUAACAGGGAGGCCCUCUGGGUAGGGAACAUUUGUGCAUCAGAAAGAUACCAGGCAUUAAGUAGUGGAUUUCUAAAAUGUAAUACAUCACAGUUUUAUCUCAUGGAGGUUCUCAGCCAGCUCACUUCACCUUUGAUUUGCUAACAGCUGGAAAACUUCAGUUCAAAACACAUCAAAGCAUAGAUUUUAUCUUUAGGCGUGGAAUAGAAGAAAGUGGAAGGGACUGGUACCUAGGCAAGGUAGGUGUGGUGAAAGGAUCUCAAAAACUUCCAAGAAUUUGGAGCAUGUUGUAUGUGUUCCAAGGUGGCUGUGAAGAUGUAUCAGCCAAGGAAUGAGGACACAUUGCAUCUAGUGAAAUAUGUGGGCAUUGCGUAAGGUAUUGGCUGCACAACUCUCAGAUCAUGAGCUGCAGGAAUAUUGAGUGUAAUCAGAUCCACUUGUGUCUUCUUCCUUUUGCCAAAGUCUUUCCAAGGAACUUACUCAAGGUUUUAGUGAUGGUCAUGGGAAAUGGAGGUCCCUCCUGUAUGAGGAGUGCCAGCUGCUUUAGAAGGACACUUGGAUCUUGUAUCCUUUCUUCACUUUGGGCACUGUGAGAUCCACACUGGAUUUAUGCCCCAUAAGUAUUCUAGGAUUUACAGCAAUAUUUUAUCUGACAGAAGAGAACUAUGCUGUUGUAACACAUGUUCCUUAUUUUCCAAGAAACAACAUCUUAUGGCUGAUCUCAGAGAUGUAACCUUAAGUAUCCUGGUAGCUUGGUCUCAUGAGUCUUCUCUGUCAUAGGGGUCUAUGUUGCUUGCCCGGUGAGCAUCCCAAGAGCCUAGGUUCACAUGGCUCAUGUUUGUUUGUUUUUUGGUUUUGUUUUUGGCUGUGUAUCUGAGCGCUAUGCCCGUGGUGAGGGUAUCGUGUCCAUUUUGCACUUGAGGUUGGUCCCCUGCCACUGGCCUUCACUCUGCACCUUUGUAAAGCACUUGUAACAAUCUGUAAAAUAAUCUGUUGUUUUUUAUAACUCAUUGCAAUUGCAAAAAUUCUUGUUUAAAUCUGUAUUUUUAACUAAUCUGUUUGAGAAAUGUUAAUGUUUAUAUAAAAGAAUAAAGCCUAAUACAGGA